AGUUUCAGCCGUUAGUCAGUCGCUGAUGCAGUCAUUGACGUAGCACGCAACCAUUGUUUGAUGUGUGCAACGUCUGAGAAGGGUAACGCGACCAAUGACUUCAGGAUAUGGGAAACAACAGAGCAGGAGAUAGAGUGAGAGACAGUUCAUGGAAUGCUGUGAUGUCAUCAGCUCAGUCAUACACAAAGGCAAGGAGGAGGACACACAAGCACACUCACUCUCCCGAGUAGUUACUCUGCCGUGGAGCGUCUGAACCCCACUAUUCACCCAGCCAUGGCUGCCUGAUGAGGACGGGUGUGUGUGUGUGUGUGUGUGUGUGUGUGGAGGGAGUGUCAGUGCCGAGGACGUCAGAGGAAGCUGUCUACAGCUGGUGUAUGUGACAGAGGAGCCUCGAUCUUCUUCUUCUUCGCCUCAUGAAGCUUGUUUAGAAACCAACACAUCUUCAGAAAACUGUGGACCCAAGGAGUCAGGACAGUACCCAUCCACGCCCUGCUAGACUGGGCGACCUGCUGGAACAGCUCAUAUCUCCUUACCCCUCCACCUCCAGCCCACCACCACCAUGCUGCAGCAGAUACUAAAGGACAUGUACAUCGAUCCUGAUGUGCUGGAGGCCCUGAACGAGGACCAGAAGAAGACCUUGUUCCUGAAGAUGAGACAGGAGCAGGUGCGGCGUUGGAAGGAACGUGAGGAGAAAGAAGAACGCAGACCAAAGCCAAGUACAGCCAACAGUAAGAAUGUGAGCUGGUUGCUGGGCAGGGAUGGAGAUGUUGCGGUCAUGGUGAUUGGAGAGAUGGAUGAGCUGAAGAACUCUAAACUCAUCUGCUCAGGGCCUGUGGAGAGGAAAGCACCACCAAGCCUGCACAAUAACACACGGUCCUGUCUGUCCAUCUGCAGCCACCAGACAACCCCCCUAAAGAGCAACCUGAUAAACAGAACAGCCUCAGAAUCUAUCAGAACUGGGAGAGAGAACCUGCUUCCCAAAACACAGCCAGGGGUACAACUCAAUUUAAAGGAGAACAGUGAGGAAGUGAGGACAUUGCCCCCUCUACAGGUGUCAGUGAGUGAGCAGCAGCCACCUGCAGCACUGGAAAAACAAGCUGAGUUGAAGCAGGAUUUAGAGGUAGACGCUCCGGAGGAGAAGCCAGUCCUCCCGUCCUACAGACCUCACUCAAGAGCUGGCCCUGCCAACCUGAGGCUGGAUACCACGCUGUCCCCUGUCCCCAAGAACUUCACAAUCACACCAUCCCCUGUCCCUACCGUCACACCGUCUCCUCUCCCCAGCACCGUAACAGUGUCUUCUGUCCCCAGCAGUGUCACACCGUCUCCUAUCUUGAGCAGUGUCACACAGUCUCCUGUCUUGAGCAGUGUCACACCGUCUCCCGUCUUGAGCAGUGUCACACCGUCUCCUGUCUUGAGCAGUGUCACACCGUCUCCUGUCUUCAGCAGUGUCACACUGUCACCUGUCCCCAACAGUAAUGCCAUAAGAGAUGCUCUAGAGAAGAGCACUGCCAAAGCACGCGCUCCAGUGAAGACCGUCACACCGUCUCCUGUCAUCCCCACCAUCACACUGUCCUCUGUCCCCAAGACCAUCACAUCCUCCCCCGUCCCUAGCUGUGUCAAAACGUCUCCUGUCCCCAGUGUGACACCGUCCCCUGUCCCCAGCUCCACUCCGUCCCCUGUCCCCAGUGUCUCACCAUCCCCUGUCCCCAGCUCCACUCAAUUGCCUUUCCACAGGACCGUCACUCCAUCCCCUGUGGCUAGCAGCACGGCCAUAAGAAACGCUCUAGAGAAGAGCACCACCAAUACACAUGGUCCAGAGAAGACGACCGUCGUCCCGCUGUCCGUCACAACCAGACUCCACCCAGAGGAGCCGGCUGAGCCCCACCCCCAGGAGACAGCCUGCAGCAGAGAUAUCCGUGUGAUGGCAGCCUAUCGCAGGGUCAUGUCUGAGGAUGAGGUGUCUGAGGGGGGCGGAGACACCUGUACAGGGAGUGGUCGUGUGGCUCAGCUCAUGAAGAACUUCAGUGUGAAGAGCCUCACGCCCCCCGCACAGACCCCUCCUCCCCGCGGCAACAAGCCCCCCAUCCCCACCAAACCCAACUACCUGCGCCUGGUUGCCAACCCCUCACUCAGGUAAUCCACAGCACCUGACCAACAGGGCCACCCGCUUUCCCCCAUCCCCACCCAGGCCCCACUGGACACUGCUGGGCACCCAGCCUGGGGUCUCAGCCACUGUGGACAGGGAAGCAAGGAGGCAGGCCGCAAGGCUCUCAGGACACAACCAAACCUUUGACUCCAUUGCUGUUACUCCAAAAGCAAAGCAAUGAGAAUAGAGCUUUUGACAUUUUUACUUGUGCCAUGUUUUAAUACUUUGUUUUAUUUUGUAUUUUAAAUUGUACAGUACUGUAAUUUCUCUCUGUGGGAAAAGGUGAACCAAAAGCGUUGAUUGUAAAGAGCAUCUUCCUUUGUUUCCUGCUUUUGCCAUUAUAUUCAAGGUAUUAUUGACCAUAUCAUACCAUGUAUUCACCUGUUGAUAUAAUUUUUUUUAUCUUAUGUACAAAUACCACUUUAUUGUUACAUUUAGCGUACAAUAUGUUCACAAAGCUUGUGCAAUGCUAUCAAGGUCAUAAACAUGUUCUUGAAAUUGCAACAAAUCAUUACAAAUGUCAACUUGAAUGACACAGUACAUUUGUUUCGUAGUUAAGAGCUUAACUGUUGGCUACUAAACAUAAAGAAACCUGUUCAGUGUGCUAACAUUGGCAGAGCCAAAUUGAUCAUACAUAGCUGUCAUGACCAAGGAGAUGGGUAGAGUACAGUAUGGAUGGAUAGACUGGUAGAACAGGAUGAGUUAUCCUUCCUCCACAGCGCUCCUCCCUGGGAGUAGCACCCUUAGCUUGUUUACUGUCACUUAUCCCCUGUCUGCCACCUGGCCGAACAAGCACCUUGUGCCAUCUACCUGAGAUUGACCAGUGACAGUGCCAAACGCCUCUGCUCUGUGUCCCAGUGGACCAAACACUGGCAAGCCACACAGUCCAUGCCAAAUAAUACUUGUUAGCUCUGGGUUAUCGUUCUGUUAUUUUCUCUGUUUCCUCAGUAUUCUAUCUCACUUUUAUAAUUGGUUGCACUCUUUUUUUUAUUUUUACUAUGCUAAUUGGGAGAGCGAGUGAGGAUGAUGUCUGUUGUGCCUGUGUGUAAUGAGUGUGUUGUCCCACACAGGGUGUGUGUUGCACUAUGUGUGUGAUGUCAGGCCUGUGUGGCGCAACCGCAGUGGAACAAUAAAAUCAUUUGACCCCUCCAA